AUGGUUCCUUUUAGGACUUCCUUUGUUCUUCAUGACAAGGAAGAACUCUUCAUACAUGUUCCUAAAAGUCUACGAACAGAGUUUAGAUUACACUUGACUUGUCAUGAAAAGUUACCAACCAUUAAUGUCAAGAUGUAUGUUAAAAUUAGAAAUGUGGCAAUGACUGCUGUGGUUUGUAGACAAGAAGAUAUUGAAAACACUCAGUCGUACCAAAGACUUUGCAAUGGUGGAGCUCAAUUUGUGAAAGCAGAUCAGGUCGCAGAAAUGUUAACUGAAGCUCUUCAAUCGAACAACAUGAUUUGCUUCCAAGAUCCUGAAAUACCUGACAAGAGAAAAAUUGCCGAUGGUCUUGGUUUAAAUCCUCAAGAUUACCAACCUAUUACUGUUAUGUGGAAUGUUGUUAAUAUACUGAAAGAAGAAAUAGAUUACAGACAAGCUAAUCAAAAAAUUAGGAAAUUUUACACAUCUGAACAAAAUUCAGAAAAGAUACGUGUUUCAGGAAAAGCUGGAAUUGGGGCCUUUAGUGCGAAAGUUGGUUAUUCCAAAGAGAUGACACAAGAGAAUAUAAAUUCAGGGUAUUUCAAUGAUGAAACGGAAUACAGCGAGUUUAAACGAAGGAAUUACACCGAAGUUGGCCAACAACCGAUCAAUUCUCCAAGAGGACUUGAUUUAGUAGAAAGCACAACCAUAAGAACAAACUUGUCCAGAGUGGUUUCGUCUUUCACUUAUAAGCCAUCCAACGCAGAAGAACGUUUUGAUUUCAAUGCUCCGACAAUUGAAACUCGCAAAGAGAUCUUAAUUCCUGCCAAAAAUCCAGUUAACUUGGUUGGCGCAAUUAGAGAUUUGGGUUGCAGUGUUGCUGUGCCAUCUACUUGGGAUCAUAGACAUUCAUCCCUUCAUAUCGCUAUUAAUGACAUUCCUCGUAUGGCUAUUUAUUCUGGGUGCAGAGAUGCAGACUCUGGAUCAUGGUGUGCACAAGUUAAUGAUGGAAAUCAAUGGGUCAAAGUAUAUUUUGGAGAAAUUGUUUCUGUGUAUGCAAUUGAUCUCCAAGGACGAUCUGAUUUAGAUCAAUGGUUACCAUGUACACAGUUGAAUAUACCAUUGACGGUGUGA